AUGGAUACCAAUUCUGAAUUUCCAACUCAACAUUCAAACUCCGAUGAUGUUGAAAUUUUUACCCGUAAUUCAGAAUUUAGUUUUUCUAAUCCAUCUAAAACUAUUUUAAAAAGAUCACGCAGCGGCAAUUUUACAGUAGAAGAGGAUCUUCAUAUUGUGUCAUCAUGGCUUAAUAUUAGCAUAGAUGUUUUGCAAGGAAAUGAGCAAAAACACAGAACAUAUUGGACUCGGGUGUGGGAGUAUUUUCAUAAAUACAAAGUUUUUGAAUCCGAGAGUACACAGAUUUAUUUGAUGAAUCGUUGGUCAACAAUUCAAUUAGCUACAAAUAAAUUUUGUGGAUGCUAUGCUCAAAUCGAAUCAAGAAAUCAAAGUGGAAUAAAUGAACAAGAUAAGAUUGCUAAUGCGAAAAUUCUAUAUCAAGAUAUUAGCAAAGGUAAAUUUCAGUUUGAACAUUGUUGGAAUAUAUUGAGGUUUCAGCCAAAGUGGUUGGAAGAUUGUGAAAAUAAAAAACCAAUGAAGAAAAAAGAUAAGAUCCAUGAUAAUACUUAUGCUGCUGGGUUUAAUUUAAGAGAUGAUAAUACCACAAGUACGAAUUUUGUUGAUUUGGAGAGACCUCCGGGAAGGAAAGCUGAAAAAGAAAAAAAGAAAAGAAAGCAAAAACAGAUGGAAAAUGAGUCGUCAGAUUCUUAUGUUUAUGUUCAAGGGCAAGAGAGACUUGCUUAUGAGCAAGAAAAGUUGCGAUUAGAACAACUGAAAGAGGAUGAAAGGAUAAUGGCAAUCGACACAGCAGGAAUGCCUGAAUUGCUUGCAAAUUUUUAUGUUCGAUGUCAAACCGAGAUUGUUGAAAGAAAAUUGAGAAAUUACUGA